GUCUAAAAGUCACAGAAGCACACGAGGAAACACGUGUUAGUGGCGCGUUGUCCAUUAAAAUGCAUUUGCAGCCUUUAUCGAAUUUUUGCAUUUGAGUAGCCAUCAUGCACCUGGGCCUCCAUGUUGUGCUCGAGCAGAGGUCUCCAUCUUACUCUAUGAUGUCAUGAUGCUAAAAAUGGCGUGAAAGUCCGCUAAUCUAUUACUCUUUAACUGAGAGAACACCCCACCCACACACCUGGGAGGAGGUACUGUCCUGUCAUCUCAAAUCCCCCUCCCACCCCUGUCUGUUCAUCUGUGUUGCACACUGUGCAUGUGCAGGGUGCUUGUUUAGGUUUCGAGGGGGAGGUGUGAGGAUUCCUAUACCUUAGAGUAGGAGAGGAGGAGGAAGCUGCCACAAUACCUGUCAGAUCGCUCUCCAAAAACUCUGCAAAUCUAAAUGCUGGUUUGAUUCAAAGAUAUUAACGUUGACUGCAAUCGGGACCGCCCAUAAAGUUGAAGAAUGCAAGACUUCCACAGUGCCAACAAAAUGCAGAAGCAAGUGGAGGUCAGGAUGGCCGAGAGCCACCUGGAGCCCAAAGUGGACCCUCCCGAGAAUCCCUGUGGCGGUGUGUGCGACAAAAUCAUGAAGAACAUGGUUCUUACUCUGACAAUCCUUGGUGUGUUUCUGGGCUCCAUUGCUGGAAUGCUGCUGCGGCACAUAUCUCCACUCCCCCCUGAUGUUAUUAUGAUCAUCGCCUUCCCUGGGGAGAUCCUAAUGAGGAUGCUGAAGAUGCUCAUUCUGCCUCUUGUUGUUUCCAGUCUGGUCACAGGACUUGCCGGCUUGGACGCCAAAUCCAGCGGCCGCUUAGGCACCAGGGCCAUGGUCUACUACAUGUCGACGACGAUCAUCGCAGCCAUCCUGGGGGUGGUCCUGGUGCUGCUCAUCCAUCCCGGCAACCCAAAGCUGAAGGCCAAUCUCGGACAGGGAAAGAAGAACGACGAGGUGUCCAGCGUGGAUGCUUUCUUCGAUCUCAUCCGAAACCUCUUCCCUGAGAACUUGGUGCAGGCGUGCUUUCAGCAGAUCCAGACAGUAGUCACCAAAAUACCAGUGCCCACUAAUAGAACCAGAGCACCUCCGCAGUUCACAGUCAAAAGGUCCCUGCAGUUCAAGAGUGGGAUGAAUGUCCUGGGUUUGAUUGGCUUCUUUGUCGCUUUUGGAGUCAUUAUGGGGAAAAUGGGAGAAAAGGCCAAGCUGAUGUUGGAGUUUUUCAACGUCCUGAACGAGAUCAUCAUGAAGCUCGUCGGCGCAAUUAUGUGGUACUCCCCCAUUGGUAUUGCCUGCCUCAUCUGUGGAAAGAUCAUCUCCAUUAAUGACUUGGAGGUGGUGGCGAGGCAGCUGGGGAUGUAUAUGGUCACUGUGAUAGUGGGUCUCAUCAUCCACGGCGGCAUGUUCCUACCGCUGAUAUAUUUUGUGAUAGUUAAAGAAAACCCCUUCACGUUCUUCAUGGGAAUCUUCCAAGCUUGGGUCACGGCACUUGGAACAGCAUCCAGUGCUGGUACCUUGCCUGUCACCUUCCGAUGCUUGGAGGAGAACCUGGGCAUCGACAAGAGAGUAACGCGUUUCGUCCUCCCAGUCGGUGCCACAAUCAACAUGGACGGCACGGCGCUUUAUGAGGCCGUCGCCGCCAUCUUCAUCGCUCAGAUGAACGGGAUCGAUCUCGACUGGGGCCAGAUCAUUACUGUCAGUAUGACAGCCACGCUGGCCAGUGUGGGAGCAGCCAGUAUCCCCAGCGCUGGACUUGUGACAAUGCUUCUGAUCCUCACGGCGGUGGGGCUGCCCACUCAGGACAUCAGCCUCCUGGUCGCUGUCGACUGGCUGCUGGAUCGUUUCCGCACGUCAGUCAACGUGGUCGGGGACUCCUACGGAGCGGGUAUCGUGUACCACCUUUCCAAACACGAGCUUGACUCCUUCGACUCUCAGCAGACCCGCAUGGAGGACUUUGAGGUGGCAAGGAAUCAGUCCUACUUUGAAAAUAACACCAACCAGAAUGUAUACGCUCACCACAACUCAAUCUUGAUAGACGACUGCAAGGUCACCAUGGGCAAAAAUGGCAAGACUGCAGAGUUCUCUUUUGUUGAGGAGGGACCAUGGAAAUGCGAGUAA